GCCGCGCGGCUAAGGCGACGCUAGUUCACACACGACAGCUCUCUACACCGCUCGCUUCCCGCGAUGACGAUCACGAAGAAGGACUCGGCUUCCAAGGGGAAGUCGAAGGCAACGAUAACGAAAACGAGCAAAGAGAUCGCCUCCACAUCGUCCAAGAUCGCCGAGACGAAGAAGCAGGCCUUCACGACCGUGGUGAAGUCCUCCUCUUCGUCCUCCGUCUCCAGAUCCAAGCACCUCUCGUCGACGAGCGGCAGCUCCACGACGGUACAGAAGUCCUCCAGCGGCGGAAAUGCGAUCGAGUCGGCGGUCAACGGGACGGUGCUGGUGGCCAACGGAAAUGUCUCCUCCGAGCUGGCUCUGGCCUCGGGCUCCUCGACCAGCGAAGUCGUCGAAUCAGUCAGCGAGUCCACGCAAGUCAGCCAAUCCAGCAGCAAGAAAGAGUCGUUUUCCAGCAGCUCGAGGACUGUGGUGAUGGACAGCAGCGGAAAUGUCAUCUCCGUCAUAGAGGAAUCCGACGGCGGUUCGUCCCGCCAGGGUGACAGGCAAAAAGCUCUGUCCCAAGCGACGAAACAGCUCAAAGAUGGCCAGAGGAUAGUUGUAAUUGGCGGAUCGACCACGGAACAACUCGUGCAGACUGGUGGCGAACAGAUAGUCUCCGAAGUGAUCCAACAGUCGUCGAGUUCGCACGUGGCGUCCAGCAAAUCGUCCACGGUCGUCGAGGAAGUGUCGUCCUCGACAGUCAUUGAAGGACGCCAAAGUAGUGUUUCAGAAGAGUCUUUCACAGGCCGACAGAUCACUGGCCAAACUAUUGCCUCAGAACAGAUACAGCAGUCAAUGUCUACAUCAAAACAAGAAUCGUCCUCCCUCAGUCAGUCCUCGAGCGUCCAGAAUGUGUCCUCCAGCAGUGAUGUGCGAGACGGACGCUCUCAGAUGAUACUGGACAGCUCUGCAUUACAAAGCGGCCGUCAGAUCGCAUUGUCCGAUCGCGGUCGUUCAGAUAUUAUCCAGCACUCCUCCUCGACAUCCUCCGUCAGCAAGCAGUCGUCAGCUGUCGAGAUGUCCUCCAGCACCAGUGUGGUGCAAGAAGGCCGUGAACAAAUAUCGGUCAGUGAAUCGUCUGUGCGCGAUGCCAAGCAAAUGACGGCUCUAUCGGAAACCGUACAGCAACAGACCAAGUCUUCCACCAGCAUUCAGCAGUCGUCAGUAGUCGAAGAUGUGUCCGUGAGCACCAGUGUUCAGGAGAGAAUUGGGCGCACGACAGCUUCGGAGGUGACGAGCACACAACAGGUGGUGGCCGGCGAGACACGCGUCGUGCAAGAAGCGUUGAGCCAGCAACAGCUGAGUUCCACCGUCAAAGAGGCAACCACCAGUAGCAGCACCUCCAGCCGCACACAGACGCAGAAGGAGGUUUCCGAAAAGAAGACGCUCGCCGUCAAGGAUAAAAAGACUGAGGCCUGGAUCAACCCGUGCAAGGAGCAGUGCAUCUGCGAGAUCUGCACAUGCGGGCGGCACCGAUGCCUGAACCGGCCGGUGACGGACGACGGGCCGCCGCUGGCGCUGGAGCCGGGCGCCGAGGUGCCCCGCGCGUCGCACCUGCACGCAGACUUCCCGGCCUACCCGCCGGGCGCCGCGCAGCGCCCGCGCCCCGUGCGCCUCCACACGCAGCUCGAGCUGCCCGACGGCUCCAUCACCGCCGUCUCCUCCUACCGCCACGACUACGACGAGAAGCACGCCGAGAGGCAGCACAGGUACACAUACGAGGACCACCUGCAUCUCGAUGGGCAGUUCGAAGGUCAAAGUCACCUUCACGAAGAGUUCCGCGCAGUGCGUGGUGAACGUGCUCCAGUUGUGAAGCAUGGUGACCAUUUGCGUCUGGAGGGAGAGUUUCAAGGUCAGAGCCAUCUCAGAGAAGAGUUCAAACCCGUUCGUGGUGAGCGUGCUCCAGUGGUGAAACAUGGUGACCAUCUGCGUCUGGAGGGGGAGUUCCAAGGACAAAGUCAUCUGCACGAAGAGUUCAAAGAAGUCCGUGGAGAACGCGCUGAAGUUGUGCGUCACUCUGACAACCUGAGGCUCGAAGGCGAAUUCCAGGGACAUAGCCACCUAAGGGAGGAGUUUCGUGAGGUUCGGGGCGAACGUGCUCCGGUAGUCAAGCAUGGAGAUCACCUUCGCCUCGAGGGAGACUUCCAGGGACAAAGCCAUAUCCACGAAGAGUUCAAGCAAGUUCGCGGGGAGCGAGCGGAGGUGGUGCGUAGAACUGACAACCUAAGACUCGAAGGCGACUUCCAGGGACAGAGCCACAUAAGGGAAGACUUCCGCGAGGUGAGAGGCGAAAGAGCAGAUGUCGUCCGCCACUCUGACAACCUGAGGCUAGAAGGAGAAUUCCAAGGCCAGAGCCAUCUACGUGAGGAGUACACAGUUACAAAAGGAGAAAGGGCUCUUGUCAGAAAGCCUGAGGACAACCUGCGUCCUGAAGGCGAAUUUAGUCCGGAGAAGAGAGACGACUAUGGGGCAACUAGAGGAGAAAGGGCUCCAGUAAAGAAACCACAAGACAAUCUAAGACCUGAGGGAGACUUUGCCAAACGUGAGCCUGUACAAGUUGGACCUGGAGAUAGAGCUCCAAUAAAGAAACCACAGGACAAUCUGAGACCUGAGGGCGACUUUGCCAAACGUGAACCUGUUCAAGUUGGACCUGGUGACAGAGCUGCAAUAAAGAAACCACAAGACAACCUGAAACCAGAGGGAGAGUUUGCCAAACGCGAACCUGUACAAGUUGGACCUGGAGACCGAGCUCCAAUAAAGAAGCCACAAGAUAAUCUGAAACCAGAGGGAGAGUUUGCCAAACGUGAACCUGUACAAGUUGGACCUGGAGACAGGGCACCAAUUAAGAAACCACAGGACAAUCUGAAACCAGAGGGAGAGUUUGCCAAACGCGAACCAGCACAAGUUGGGCCUGGAGACCGAGCUCCAAUAAAGAAGCCACAAGAUAAUCUGAGACCUGAGGGAGACUUUGCCAAACGUGAACCUGUUCAAGUUGGACCUGGAGACCGAGCUCCAAUAAAGAAGCCACAAGAUAAUCUGAAACCAGAGGGAGAGUUUGCCAAACGUGAACCUGUACAAGUUGGACCUGGAGACAGGGCACCAAUUAAGAAACCACAGGACAAUCUGAAACCAGAAGGAGAAUUUGCCAAACGUGAACCUGUACAAGUUGGACCAGGAGAAAGGGCUCCAGUCAAGAAACCUCAAGACAAUCUAAGACCAGAGGGUGAAUUUGCGAAACGAGAGCCCUCUGACGUAAGGCCAGGAGAACGUGCUGACGUAGUUAAGCACCCAGAUAACCUAAAACUUGAAGGUGAUUUCGACAGGCCUGAUGGAGUGCUGUACAGGCCAGGAGACAGAGCUCCCAUCGUUAAACAUCCGGAUAACCUGCGACUGGAAGGAGACUUCGACCGUCCAGAAAAAGCGAAAUUCGGUCCUGGAGAAAGGGCUGACGUAAAACGGCCUCAAGACAAUUUAAGACCUGAGGGUGAAUUCACGGGUAGGAAAAGAGACGAUUAUACUCCGACUAAAGGAGAUAGGAUGCCAGUCAAAAAGCCAGAAGACAACCUAAAGCCAGAGGGUGACUUCACUGGUACAAAACGAGACGAUUACACACCAACUAAGGGAGAAAGGAUGCCUGUCAAAAAGCCAGAAGACAAUCUAAAGCCAGAGGGUGAAUUUCUAGGAAGAAAGAGGGACGAAUUCAGUCCAACUAAAGGAGAGAGAGCACCUGUGAAAAAACCACAAGAUAACCUGAAACCAGAAGGCGAUUUUACUGGAAAGAAACGUGACGACUUCACAGCGACAAAAGGCGAAAGGGCGCCUACUAAGAAACCGGAGGAUAACUUAAAACCUGAAGGUGAUUUUGUAGGUGAGAGAAGAAAUGAAUACACAGUGGUUAAAGGUGACCGAGCUGUGGUGCGUAAGCCGUCGGAUAAUUUGAAACCUGAAGGUGAAUUCACAGUGGAAAGACGGAACGAGUACACCGCUGUGAGGGGCGAACGAGCUGAAGUGCGCCGACAUGAGGACCACUUGAAGAUGGAGGGGGAGUUUAUCGGCCAGACCACUUUACACGAAGAGUUCCAGGUCGUUCGUGGAGAAAGAGCCGAAGUAAAACGUCAUGAAGACCAUCUCAGAACGGAAGGUGAUUUUACAUCCGAGACUACGGCCCGCAGCGAAUUCACUGGAGAACGUACGGAGCGACCGAGGCUCAUCCGGCGCAACACGUGGACGAAACUGGAGGGCGAGAUGAUCACCGAGACGACGGCUCGCGCCGAGUACCAGCAGCACGACGUGGUCGAGAGGACGACGGCCGUGCGCAGGCGCAGUGACAACCUCACCGUUGGAGGAGGACAAUUUGAGGGGACCUCCCAACAAAAAGAAGACUUCAAACCGCUAACGUUUGAAAGGCCCGUUAUAAAAAGACAUCAAGACAAUCUGUUAGUCGAAGGAGAUAUGUCAUUCGAAUCAUCUACUCAGGUAGACUUUACCGAGAAGGUGGGUCGUAGAGAGAGCCCAACACGCAGAAGGACAUGGACAAAACAGGAUGGGGAACGAUUCUUCGAAACAACAAGUGGGUCUGAAUUUAAAAAACAAGUGAUCACCGAAGCUAGACAAGUACAAAAACAUCACAAAGACAAUUUGAUACUAGAAGGAACGUUCAGCGGCACCCCUGUGAGUAGAGAUGACUACAAAGUUACACGAGGAGAGCGAGCUGACGUAAAGAGACCAGAAGACAAUCUUCGGCCAGAAGGAACUUUUGACGGUACUCCAAGAUCACGAGACGAUUACAAACCAGGAAAAGGUGAGAGGGCGAAGGUAAAGAAACCAAAAGACAACUUAAAAACAGAGGGAACAUUUGAAGGCACCCCACGGUCAAAGGACGAUUAUAAGCCAACAACUGGUGAAAGAGAAGAGGUACGAAAACCUAAGGACAACCUAAAACCUGAGGGAAAAUUUGAAGGAACUCCAAGGUCCAGAGACGACUACCACCCAACCAAAGGGGACAGAGCUGAAGUGAAAAAACCAAAGGAUAACCUCAAACCAGAGGGAGAAUUCGACAUGACACCCAGGUCAAAGGAUGAAUUCAAACCCAUGAGGGGAGAGAGAGCCGAUGUUAAAAGACCCAAGGACAAUCUUAGGCCCGAGGGCGACUUUGAACGGCCUGAACCAGAACGCUAUGGGCCUGGGGAACGUCCCUCACCUGUCAGGCAUCCCGACAACCUCAAGCUUGAGGGCGACUUUGAGCGCCCAGUGCCACAGAAGGUAGGUCCUGGCGAGAGAGCCGAAGUGAAGAGGCCAAAGGACAAUCUGCGACCAGAAGGGGAGUUUGAACGGCCAGAGCAUAAGAGGUAUGGCCCUGGUGAGAGGCCUGAAAUCGUGAGACAUCCUGAUAAUUUGAAACUGGAAGGCGAGUUUGAUCGUCCUGAACCAAAGAAAGUUGGUCCUGGGGAGAGGGCUGAAGUUAAGAAGCCUAAGGAUAAUCUUAAACCUGAGGGAGAGUUUGAACGCCCUGAACGGGAAAGGUAUGGGCCUGGAGAGAGACCAACACCUGUCAGGCAUCCUGACAACCUCAAGCUUGAGGGAGACUUUGAGCGCCCAGUGCCACAGAAGGUGGGACCUGGUGAGAGGGCCGAAGUGAAGAAACCAAAGGACAAUCUCCGACCAGAAGGCGAGUUUGACACGUCUCCACGGUCAAGGGACGACUUCAAGCCAACAAGAGGUGAAAGGGCCGAUGUCAAAAAGCCCAAGGACAAUUUACGGCCUGAGGGCGACUUUGAGAGACCAGAGCCAGUGAGGUAUGGUCCAGGAGAACGAGCUACACCAGUGAAACACCCUGACAAUCUGAGGCUGGAGGGCGAUUUCGAAAGGCCUGAGCCACAGAGGGUUGGGCCAGGAGAACGAGCAGAUGUGAAGAAGCCCAAAGACAACUUGCGGCCUGAGGGUGAUUUUGACGGCUCACCUCGUUCCAGAGAUGACUUCAAGCCCACAAGAGGAGAGCGUGCUGAUGUGAAGAGGCCAACCGACAAUCUCAGGCCUGAGGGAGACUUUGAAGGAACUCCGAGAUCCAGAGACGAGUUCAAGCCAACAAGAGGCGAGAGAGCUGAUGUGAAGAAACCUAAAGACAAUCUGCGCCCUGAGGGAGAAUUCGAGAAGCGCCAGCCAACACCAUAUGGUCCAGGGGAGAGAGCUGAACCGGUCAGGCACCCAGACAACUUGAAGCUCGAGGGAGACUUCGAACGACCAACUCCACAGAAGGUAGGACCUGGUGAGCGAGCUCCAGUCAAGAAGCCUGAAGACAACCUGCGACCUGAGGGUGAAUUCGAAGGCACACCACGCUCAAGGGACGACUUCAGGCCAACGAGAGGAGAUCGUGCAGAUGUGCGAAAGCCAACAGACAACCUGAGACCUGAAGGCGAGUUUGAAGGUACUCCACGAUCUAGGGACGACUUCAAGCCAACCAGGGGAGAAAGGGCAGAUGUCAAGAAGCCAAAGGAUAACCUACGUCCUGAGGGAGACUUUGAAAGGCCAGAGCCUGUUAGGUAUGGACCUGGAGAGAGGAUGGAACCUGUCAGGCAUCCUGACAAUUUGAAGCUUGAAGGCGACUUUGAACGGCCAACACCACAGAAGGUUGGUCCUGGAGAGAGGGCAGAGGUCAGAAAGCCCAGAGACAAUCUGAAGAUGGAGGGAGAUUUCGAGGUACCAGAGAAACCACGAUAUGGGCCAGGUGAGCGAGCUCCCAUUCUCAAGCACGAUGACAAUCUGAGGCCAGAAGGAGAGUUUGGAGGACCAAGGUCGCGUGAUGACUACACACCAACAAGGGGUGAGAGAGCACCAGUGGUGAGGCACGCCGAUAACUUGAAGGUAGAAGGUGAUUUUGUCGACUCUCGCACCAGAGACGACUAUCAAGUGGUGAGAGGAGAGCGUCAUGACAUCGUUAAGAGAACAGACAAUCUGAGGGUUGAAGGCACGAUGGAAACACGCCGAUCCAGAGACGAUUAUCAAGCAGUCAACAUUGAGCGAGUUGAGAUCAAGCGCUAUGAGGAUAAUCUUCGGAUGGAAGGAGAGUUCAUUGACACCAGGAGGGAUGACUAUGUGGUGGUAAGAGGAGAACGUGCAGAAGUACGAAGACCACAAGACAAUCUCCGACCUGAGGGUGAAUUUGAGGGCACACCUAGAAAUAGAGAUGACUACAAGCCAACGAGAGGAGAGCGCGCCGAUGUGAAACGACCGACAGACAACCUACGUCCAGAAGGCGAGUUUGAAGGCACUCCACGAUCCAGGGAGGAGUUCAAACCCAUGAGGGGAGAGAGAGCCGAUGUUAAAAGACCCAAGGACAAUCUUAGGCCUGAGGGCGACUUUGAACGGCCUGAACCAGAACGCUAUGGGCCUGGGGAACGUCCCUCACCUGUCAGGCAUCCCGACAACCUCAAGCUUGAGGGCGACUUUGAGCGCCCAGUGCCACAGAAGGUAGGUCCUGGCGAGAGAGCCGAAGUGAAGAGGCCAAAGGACAAUCUGCGACCAGAAGGGGAGUUUGAACGGCCAGAGCAUAAGAGGUAUGGCCCUGGCGAGAGGCCAGAAAUCGUGAGACAUCCUGAUAAUUUGAAACUGGAAGGCGAGUUUGAUCGUCCUGAACCAAAGAAAGUUGGUCCUGGGGAGAGGGCUGAAGUUAAGAAGCCUAAGGAUAAUCUUAAACCUGAGGGAGAGUUUGAACGCCCUGAACGGGAAAGGUAUGGGCCUGGAGAGAGACCAACACCUGUCAGGCAUCCUGACAACCUCAAGCUUGAGGGAGACUUUGAGCGCCCAGUGCCACAGAAGGUGGGACCUGGUGAGAGGGCCGAAGUGAAGAAACCAAAGGACAAUCUCCGACCAGAAGGCGAGUUUGACACGUCUCCACGGUCAAGGGACGACUUCAAGCCAACAAGAGGUGAAAGGGCCGAUGUCAAAAAGCCCAAGGACAAUUUACGGCCUGAGGGCGACUUUGAGAGACCAGAGCCAGUGAGGUAUGGUCCAGGAGAACGAGCUACACCAGUGAAACACCCUGACAAUCUGAGGCUGGAGGGCGAUUUCGAAAGGCCUGAGCCACAGAGGGUUGGGCCAGGAGAACGAGCAGAUGUGAAGAAGCCCAAAGACAACUUGCGGCCUGAGGGUGAUUUUGACGGCUCACCUCGUUCCAGAGAUGACUUCAAGCCCACAAGAGGAGAGCGUGCUGAUGUGAAGAGGCCAACCGACAAUCUCAGGCCUGAGGGAGACUUUGAAGGAACUCCGAGAUCCAGAGACGAGUUCAAGCCAACAAGAGGCGAGAGAGCUGAUGUGAAGAAACCUAAAGACAAUCUGCGCCCUGAGGGAGAAUUCGAGAAGCGCCAGCCAGCGCCAUAUGGUCCAGGGGAGAGAGCUGAACCGGUCAGGCACCCAGACAACUUGAAGCUCGAGGGAGACUUCGAACGACCAACUCCACAGAAGGUAGGACCUGGUGAGCGAGCUCCAGUCAAGAAGCCUGAAGACAACCUGCGACCUGAGGGUGAAUUCGAAGGCACACCACGCUCAAGGGACGACUUCAGGCCAACGAGAGGAGAUCGUGCAGAUGUGCGAAAGCCAACAGACAACCUGAGACCCGAAGGCGAGUUUGAAGGUACUCCACGAUCUAGGGACGACUUCAAGCCAACCAGGGGAGAAAAGGCAGAUGUCAAGAAGCCAAAGGAUAACCUACGUCCUGAGGGAGACUUUGAAAGGCCAGAGCCUGUUAGGUAUGGACCUGGAGAGAGGAUGGAACCUGUCAGGCAUCCUGACAAUUUGAAGCUUGAAGGCGACUUUGAACGGCCAACACCACAGAAGGUUGGUCCUGGAGAGAGGGCAGAGGUCAGAAAGCCCAAGGACAAUCUGAAGAUGGAGGGAGAUUUCGAGGUACCAGAGAAACCACGAUAUGGGCCAGGUGAGCGAGCUCCCAUUGUCAAGCACGAUGACAAUCUGAGGCCAGAAGGAGAGUUUGGAGGACCAAGGUCGCGUGAUGACUACACACCAACAAGGGGUGAGAGAGCACCAGUGGUGAGGCACGCCGAUAACUUGAAGGUAGAAGGUGAUUUUGUCGACUCUCGCACCAGAGACGACUAUCAAGUGGUGAGAGGAGAGCGUCAUGACAUCGUUAAGAGAACAGACAAUCUGAGGGUUGAAGGCACGAUGGAAACACGCCGAUCCAGAGACGAUUAUCAAGCAGUCAACAUUGAGCGAGUUGAGAUCAAGCGCUAUGAGGAUAAUCUUCGGAUGGAAGGAGAGUUCAUUGACACCAGGAGGGAUGACUAUGUGGUGGUAAGAGGAGAACGUGCAGAAGUACGAAGACCACAAGACAAUCUCCGACCUGAGGGUGAAUUUGAGGGCACACCUAGAAAUAGAGAUGACUACAAGCCAACGAGAGGAGAGCGCGCCGAUGUGAAACGACCGACAGACAACCUACGUCCAGAAGGCGAGUUUGAAGGCACUCCACGAUCCAGGGAGGAGUUCAAACCCAUGAGGGGAGAGAGAGCCGAUGUUAAAAGACCCAAGGACAAUCUUAGGCCUGAGGGCGACUUUGAACGGCCUGAACCGGAACGCUAUGGGCCUGGGGAACGUCCCUCACCUGUCAGGCAUCCCGACAACCUCAAGCUUGAGGGCGACUUUGAGCGCCCAGUGCCACAGAAGGUAGGUCCUGGCGAGAGAGCCGAAGUGAAGAGGCCAAAGGACAAUCUGCGACCAGAAGGGGAGUUUGAACGGCCAGAGCAUAAAAGGUAUGGCCCUGGCGAGAGGCCUGAAAUCGUGAGACAUCCUGAUAAUUUGAAACUGGAAGGCGAGUUUGAUCGUCCUGAACCAAAGAAAGUUGGUCCUGGGGAGAGGGCUGAAGUUAAGAAGCCUAAGGAUAAUCUUAAACCUGAGGGAGAGUUUGAACGCCCUGAACGGGAAAGGUAUGGGCCUGGAGAGAGACCAACACCUGUCAGGCAUCCUGACAACCUCAAGCUUGAGGGAGACUUUGAGCGCCCAGUGCCACAGAAGGUGGGACCUGGUGAGAGGGCCGAAGUGAAGAAACCAAAGGACAAUCUCCGACCAGAAGGCGAGUUUGACACGUCUCCACGGUCAAGGGACGACUUCAAGCCAACAAGAGGUGAAAGGGCCGAUGUCAAAAAGCCCAAGGACAAUUUACGGCCUGAGGGCGACUUUGAGAGACCAGAGCCAGUGAGGUAUGGUCCAGGAGAACGAGCUACACCAGUGAAACACCCUGACAAUCUGAGGCUGGAGGGCGAUUUCGAAAGGCCUGAGCCACAGAGGGUUGGGCCAGGAGAACGAGCAGAUGUGAAGAAGCCCAAAGACAACUUGCGGCCUGAGGGUGAUUUUGACGGCUCACCUCGUUCCAGAGAUGACUUCAAGCCCACAAGAGGAGAGCGUGCUGAUGUGAAGAGGCCAACCGACAAUCUCAGGCCUGAGGGAGACUUUGAAGGAACUCCGAGAUCCAGAGACGAGUUCAAGCCAACAAGAGGCGAGAGAGCUGAUGUGAAGAAACCUAAAGACAAUCUGCGCCCUGAGGGAGAAUUCGAGAAGCGCCAGCCAGCGCCAUAUGGUCCAGGGGAGAGAGCUGAACCGGUCAGGCACCCAGACAACUUGAAGCUCGAGGGAGACUUCGAACGACCAACUCCACAGAAGGUAGGACCUGGUGAGCGAGCUCCAGUCAAGAAGCCUGAAGACAACCUGCGACCUGAGGGUGAAUUCGAAGGCACACCACGCUCAAGGGACGACUUCAGGCCAACGAGAGGAGAUCGUGCAGAUGUGCGAAAGCCAACAGACAACCUGAGACCCGAAGGCGAGUUUGAAGGUACUCCACGAUCUAGGGACGACUUCAAGCCAACCAGGGGAGAAAGGGCAGAUGUCAAGAAGCCAAAGGAUAACCUACGUCCUGAGGGAGACUUUGAAAGGCCAGAGCCUGUUAGGUAUGGACCUGGAGAGAGAAUGGAACCUGUCAGGCAUCCUGACAAUUUGAAGCUUGAAGGCGACUUUGAACGGCCAACACCACAGAAGGUUGGUCCUGGAGAGAGGGCAGAGGUCAGAAAGCCCAAGGACAAUCUGAAGAUGGAGGGUGAUUUCGAGGUACCAGAGAAACCACGAUAUGGGCCAGGUGAGCGAGCUCCCGUUGUCAAACACAGUGACAAUCUGAGGCCAGAAGGAGAGUUUGGAGGACCAAGGUCGCGUGAUGACUACACACCAACAAGGGGUGAGAGAGCACCAGUGGUGAGGCACGCCGAUAACUUGAAGGUAGAAGGUGAUUUUGUCGACUCUCGCACCAGAGACGACUAUCAAGUGGUGAGAGGAGAGCGUCAUGACAUCGUUAAGAGAACAGACAAUCUGAGGGUUGAAGGCACGAUGGAAACACGCCGAUCCAGAGACGAUUAUCAAGCAGUCAACAUUGAGCGAGUUGAGAUCAAGCGCUAUGAGGAUAAUCUUCGGAUGGAAGGAGAGUUCAUUGACACCAGGAGGGAUGACUAUGUGGUGGUAAGAGGAGAACGUGCAGAAGUACGAAGACCACAAGACAAUCUCCGACCUGAGGGUGAAUUUGAGGGCACACCUAAAAAUAGAGUUGAUUACAAACCAACAAGGGGAGAACGUGCUGAUGUAAAACGGCCUACAGACAACCUAAGACCAGAAGGUGAGUUUGAAGGCUCUCCACGGUCGAAGGAGGAGUUCAAACCCGUGAGAGGAGAAAGAGCCGAUGUUAAAAGACCCAAGGACAAUCUUAGGCCCGAAGGCGACUUUGAACGGCCUGAACCAGAACGCUAUGGGCCUGGGGAACGUCCCUCACCUGUCAGGCAUCCCGACAACCUCAAGCUUGAGGGCGACUUUGAGCGCCCAGUGCCACAGAAGGUAGGUCCUGGCGAGAGAGCCGAAGUGAAGAGGCCAAAGGACAAUCUGCGACCAGAAGGGGAGUUUGAGCGGCCAGAGCAUAAAAGGUAUGGCCCUGGCGAGAGGCCAGAAAUCGUGAGACAUCCUGAUAAUUUGAAACUGGAAGGCGAGUUUGAUCGUCCUGAACCGAAGAAAGUAGGUCCAGGAGAGAGGGCUGAAGUUAAGAAGCCUAAGGAUAAUCUUAAACCUGAAGGAGAGUUUGAACGUCCUGAACGGGAAAGAUAUGGGCCUGGAGAGAGACCCUCACCUGUUAGGCAUCCUGACAACCUCAAGCUCGAAGGCGACUUUGAGAGAAGAGUGCCACAGAAGGUGGGACCUGGUGAGAGGGCCGAAGUGAAGAAGCCAAGGGAUAAUUUGCGACCUGAAGGUGAAUUUGAGCGACCUGAGAAAAAGGGAUAUGGUCCUGGUGAGAGGCCAGAAAUCGUGAGGCAUCCUGAUAAUUUGAAACUGGAAGGCGAGUUCGAUCGUCCUGAACCAAAGAAAGUUGGUCCUGGUGAGAGAGCUGAAGUUAAGAAACCAAAGGAUAAUCUUAAACCUGAAGGUGAGUUUGAGCGUCCUGAGCAAGUAAGGUAUGGGCCUGGGGAGAGGCCCUCUCCUGUCAGACAUCCUGAUAAUCUCAAACUCGAGGGUGACUUUGAACGACGUGUGCCACAAAAGGUGGGACCUGGUGAUCGGGCUGAGGUGAAGAAGCCAAAGGACAAUCUCCGACCAGAAGGCGAGUUUGAGCGGCCAGAACAAAAGAAAUAUGGUCCUGGCGAAAGACCUAAAAUUGUGAAACAUCCUGAUAACUUGAAACUUGAAGGAGACUUUGAUCGCCCAGAGCGACAGAAAUUUGGCCCUGGACAGAGAGCAGAUGUGAAGAAGCCAAAGGAUAACCUGAAACCAGAAGGUCCCUUUGAGGGUUCACCUAGAUCCAAAGAUGAAUUCAAACCAACCAAAGGUGAAAGAUAUGACGUUAAGAAACCUGUGGAUAAUCUGAAGCCUGAAGGGGAAUUUGAAAGCCGAAGGAAAUCUAAGGAUGAGUAUACCAUUGUACGUGGCGAAAGGGCCGAUAUUGUGAAACAUACUGACAAUCUCCGAAUGGAGGGGUCGUUCGAAGAACGAAGGAGCAGAGACGAUUAUGCUGUUGUGAAAGGGGAGAGGACGGAAAUUAGAAAGCAUACUGACAAUCUCAAAGUAGAAGGGACGUUUGAAGGUAAACGUACACGUGAUGACUACAAUGUUGUUAAAGGUGAGAGGGCUGAAGUUGUAGUUCAUCGAGACAAUCUCAAGGUCGAAGGAACUUUUGAAGCUUCCCCCACAACGCGUGAUGCUUUUAAGCCUACUACAGGAGACCGUGCAGAAGUUAAAAAGCAUACUGACAAUCUCAAAGUUGAAGGGCGCAUUGACAUCCACCGAUCGCGAGACGAUUACACUGUAGUGAAGGGAGAGCGUGCUGAUAUUAAGAGAUAUGAGGAUAACCUCCGUAUAGAGGGAGACUUUACUGAUAAACGCUCAAGCGAUGAUUUCAAACCAGUUAAAGGAGACAGGGCAGAAGUUAAAAAAUACCAAGAUAACCUUAAGUUGGAAGGUUCUUUUGAAGGAAGUCCAAGAUCGAAAGACGAUUUCAAACCAGGGGCUGGAGAGCGUCCUACCAUCCGAAAACCUCAAGACAAUCUAAAAGUUGGUGGAGAGUUCCAGGGUAGAACAACCCAGAAAUCGCAGUACACAGUCGUAAAAGGUGAGAGAGCCGAAGUCAAGAAACAUGCUGACACGCUUUCUGUGGGAAGUGGCACAAUGGACUUGAAAACGACGAGUAAAGAUACUUUCCAAGGUCAGAGACGAGAAUCGGCGUCAUCUAGAGCUACAAUCAAUAAAAGACGGCAUAUGGAUUCUCAGAUUUCGCUCGGAGAUGAAAAUAUUAUUAUAACUACGACCAACAGAGCUAACUAUAAAACAGAAAAACGUGUAUCGGAUGUCGUUGAUGGUGGAAAGACCAUUCAGGACACUAAAAAGUCUACUACGACAGAAAAGAAGACGUUAGCCGACGGUACAGUUGUUACAAUUACGAGAGAAUGCACCGAAACUAUGAGAGGCCAAGAAGCAAAGACUUCACAGACGAAGGUAACACAGCAGGAGGCGAGCUCUAAGAGUACUCUGCUAACAUCGUCAGUCGAUAAAGUACAGCAACAUUCGGCCCAACACGUGUCGGAUAACAGGAAAAUUUCGACAUCCGAAAGCGCAACUCACAUGUCAAAGCAAAAUGCUUCACAAAUGUCCAGGUCCGAGAGUGCGACGCAUGUGUCAAAGGCAAAUGCUUCGCAGGUGUCAAGAUCUGAGAGUGCGACACACUUGUCGAAGGUAAACGCUUCUCAGGUGUCAAAAUCCGAAAGUGCGACACACAUAGAAAAGACUAGCUCUUCGCGCAUGACCCAGGAAUCAGUAUCGUCCACCAGUGAACGUACACACCAGAGCCAACAGCAUUCGUCUGUGAGUGAGACAACACGCGGAGGUUCAAGGACUCACGCUAGCAGCAGUGAGUUCAUGGAGGCCAUCAGCGGGUCGUCACCCGCCGGGAAGUCACCCGGGGAUGCGACCGUCGCCAAGACUGGCCAUCACCGCAAGAGCAUAAUCUCAUCCACGUCAGCUGACUUGAGCAACGCCGUGCUCCACCGGAAGAGCAUGACAACGUCGACGGAAGCCCUGCAUACUAUCUCCACUGCAGCGUCCGCACAAAGAAAGAGCAUCAGCAACCUGCACGAAACAGGCCAGUUUAUCAGCAACUCGUCACAGAGCCAGGACAGGCGAAGCCUGAGUGCCCUGCACCGGCAGGGCCAGCAGACACGUGACAAUGUCUCUUCGGUAAUCAGUGUCGAUCACCAGCACCAGCAGCACGGAGCUGUGCGACGCUCCUCGACCUACAAUCAACAGCAGCAGCAGCAGCAGCAGCACCAGAACCAGCUGUCCCGCACAGAACGAAUCGUCCGACAAGAUAACCUAUCCGUGGGUGGAGGCAUGUUCCACGGGCAAAGCGAAGCCAGGGCCUAUGGAAACUUCAUCAGCAAUGGCAACAGCUCUACAGUGGUGCGAAGCGAGCGUGUCACCAGGAGGUCCAAUACGUCGCACAUCAGCCUCGGCGACUCUUCAUCCACCAUAAUCGCCUCGUCAUACAAAAACGAAUACGUUCCAAGGAACACAGGUCCUUGCCCCGCGAGUUUGCUCGACACUAAAGACUCGCCGUUCAAGCACAAACGCGACACUCCAAAGCACAAGUUCUAUGCUCCAGUCGGUUCGAAUUAAUCUUUUUUACCCUUAUGUUCCUCCGAUACCGAGAGAUACUUGCGGUUCGGACAGCCUUUCGCACAAGACUGUACAAGCAAUGAUUGCUUUGUAAUUUUUGAAAUCAUAACCCUUAAUAAACCGUAGCAACGUUCUCUUAUUCUCCCUCGCCACAGACACAAACGUAUACAAGGAACACGACGGCAAUAAUCUCCAGUAUAGUGUUUCAACAGUAUGUCUUGGGCCUUUACUGCCACAUCCUCUUGUGCUAAAAUGGGUAUCGCGGUUCCUUAUUCUUCCAUUAUUAAUGCUAAUAACCUUCUGGUGGCUAAACUGUGAUAGUAUGUAACCGUCCCUCGUUACACAUUUGUUGAUUGCCUUGGAAAGACAAAUCUAACAUAGUUAUGUUGUAAGGAUUUUUAACAACAGAUGAAGAUAUAUUUUAUUAAAAAUUUAGUGAUUAGUAGAGCUUACUGGUUGUACUGUUUUUAUAAGAACAUUUUUAUUCCCAUGUUGCUGUGUUUAAAAUGUUUAUUUUAAACUUCAUGAUUAAUACUGAUUUUGCUUUGUGGUUACUUUCAAAUCACGGUUGAGAGUUUGCCUAUUUGCCUUUACUCGUUUGUAAACUUUAAAACAUGACCUUUUUUAAUCUGAUUUACAUGGAUAAUUUAUUUCAAUAAGUUUAUUACAGAAUUUUUCGGCUUUUGUUUAUGACUAAGGUGCAUUAAUCGCUGUAGCAUCAAACAAAAACAAAAUAAAAUUUUGUUGUACAAAUA